CGUAAGUAUGCUAUUGCUGUGACAUACCGGUACUGCCUGAAAGCCCAUUAUCCUCGACGGCUUGUUCGGUUGCUCAACUUCCGUCAUAGAUUCGCUAAUAGGGAGGGUCUGUGGUAACUCGCCUGUUGAUAGCACCAUGCUAGAUUAGCGUCUUAAGUUUGCUGGGAUGCGGUCUAAGCAACGCUCACUGUGUGCUGGAGCAUCAUUCCUCCGCGAAUCUUCCAAAGCCCUCGAUGAGGCAGCUUUCGCUGCGCGUCGCUACUCUGAUCUGUCAUCUGCAUGGGCGCGACUCGUCGCGCCAGCUUUUUCACGCGUGAGCAGCGCGUUCGAAAGCGCCACCAACGGAUGCUUCGAUGACCGCAAGCCAUCAGGAGUAGCAACUACUAGUAACACCGCGGCACCCAGCCAGCAUGACACCAACGGCAGCGUUCUCAACCGCGAAACCACUUGCAGUGCAAACUUAGGAAGCGGGGUUGCUACUAAUGACGCCAGCCAUGUCAUCACCAACCAGUCGGGUCCUGCAGAAGAGCUGGCGACAUCCCGUCCCAUCCUGAACAACGCAGCAGAAACAACUCAGCCAUCAGAUACUCUUCCUGUAAACCAACCAAGAUGCUUCCCUGAUGCUCCCAUUGCAACCUCAGCCCCCUCACGCCCGUACUUCAAGGUCCUCGGCCGCCGGCGAGAGGACCCCGGGGAGGCCACCCACCACCCGAAACACCACCAACAACAGCAACACCAUCACCACCACCACCACCACCACCAGCAACACGGCAGUAGCGCCACCUCCUCCCCCACCUCCGCUAGCAGCCCCGGCAGUAGCACCCACACCGCCACCACCGCCUCAAUCUCCGCAGCAGAUCCCGGACCGGGCCUCAUGGCAGUUCUGGGCGCCAUGGCGGGGGUCGUACGCGGGCUGGGCAGCACGGGGCUCGCGACGUUUGGUCUUCAGGCGCUGGCUCGCCGUCACGAGGCCGCGGGGCUGCAGGAUCACCCGUCGGGCCGGGUGCUGCAGGCGGGAGCGGUGACGGAGGUGGAGGCGGAGCGGUUGUUGGAUGCCCUGGAGCUGGCGCAUGGCGCCUACCGUCGGAGCGCCUCCGCGCUGGCCGCCAAGACCUGCCUGCGGGCUGCCCACGUGCGCGUGUGGCGGCCCCAGGGCGGGCGGCUGCAGCCCGGGUACUUCGUAGCGGUGGACUACCCGGGCAGGAGGGUGGUGUGGGGCGUGCGGGGGACACGGGUGUUUUCCGACCUGCUAACGGACCUGGCCAUGGCAGCCCACCCGCUGGGUCGGGGGGCGGCCCACUGGGGCAUGACGCAUGCGGCGCACUGGCUGCUGCAACAGGAGGCUCGCAAUGUGGGAGCGCUGCUGCAGUCGCUGCGACCCGCCGGGUCGUUCCGGUUGCAGCUGGUGGGUCACUCGCUGGGCGGGGCGGUGGCGGCGCUGGCGGCGGUAAUGCUGCGGGAGGGACUUGUGGAGCCCGCGAGGCUCGCGGGCAUUCCCCCGGAGGCGGUGUCCUGCAUCGCCUUCGCGCCGCCAGCCGUCAUGACGCCCGAGCUGGCCGAGGCAUGCCGCCCGUACGUAACGUCUGUCGUACUCAACAACGACAUUGUACCCAGGUUUAACGCCGCUAGUCUGGCAUUGCUUCAAGAAGAGCUGCAGGGUAUCGACUGGUUUGGAGAGCUGCAACAGACCAUUCUAGACCACACCACGCUACGGAGCCUGUCUUCGACCCUUGGGUCACUCACACCGUCCUUCACGCCAUCCCUCUCCCCAAGCCCCGCCGCCGUCGCCAACUCCUCAGCAUUGGUUCCCACAGCCACUCCUCCCAACCAGCCCGACGCCGCCCCCCAUCCCGCAUCGCCCGGC